AUGAAUAACGCUUCUCGCCUUACAAACCUCCUGGGCAUAAUUGGCCUGGGAGCCAGUAACAGCAAUGCUGCUGUCUGCAAGUCAAAUCUGGUGAUCGACAACUUCUCUAAGUUUUCUACAAACACCAACAACCUUGGAUCAUACACCAGCGAUGAUGGUACCAUGAGCAAGAUAUCGGCUUCCGGCGGGGCCCUCUCUUUUACCCCGAAGACCGACUCGUACUUCUAUGAGUCUUUUUCAUGCCGCAAGACAACUGCCGAGGGAUACAACGCCCUCUCUUUCAUGGUUCAGGCCCCUGCUGCCGGAUCUUCCAUGACGAUUGAGAUCCAGACAAAUCCUUCCUGCGAUGCCGGGACUACCUACAAGAGCGCUUACUACGGCGUGACCGGCAUUAGUACCACGCAGAAGACCUUCACCGUUCCUUUGAGCUCUUUUGCCGGCACCGAAGCGCCGAAGCUUGACUUUGUCUCAACCUUUGCCUUCAGUGUCUUCUCUUCAAACAAGGCAGGGUGGAAGCUGAGCAAUAUCCAGCUUGUGUGCGACGCUUCAAGUGUGCCAUCAUCCUCGGUUGCGCCAACCACCGCCACCUCAACAACCGGUGGAAACACAGCCGGAGCAAGCACAGCCUCUCCCACUCGGGCUUCUUCGGCCCAGUCUGUCGCGUCUACCACUGUUGCAGCCGCAACCACGACCUCAUCGACCACGGCAGCCCAGCCAUCGUCCGGCACUUGCAAUACACAGGUCAUUGACGACUGGCAGUCACAGUCACGUCUCACCUUCCUGUACUACAACGCCAUGCUGAAGCCAUCUAGUGAUGAGGGCUCCAUGAACUCUAUUGUGGUCGGAACCAACAACAGAGUCACCCUGAACCCCAAGGACAAGAGCUCAUACUUCUACAGCCAGACGGGUUGUAGCAAUGUCAAGGGUGUCUAUGGAGGCAUCUCGUUGAAGAUCAAGGCAUCUUCCGGAGCCAAGUUUGCGGUCCAGCUUGCCUCUGUUAAAUCUUGUGAUAGCUCCGACCAGGGUGGAUCGGGCUACAGGAGCACCACCGAUCUUGGCUGGUCAUUUGACGGCUCCGAGAAGCUUUACCAUAUCGACUUUGCCAAGUUCCCCGAGGUCGACUUCACCAAGCUCAACACGGUGCUGUUUGCCGAGCUGCCUGGCGCCGUCACCUUUGGCCCCAUGGCCUUCUACUGCGGCAGCCAAGUGGUCGAGUACAGCGUUCCCAAGUACAACUACCCUGCCGUACCCUCGGCGACCGUCGCUGCGCCCAUCGGCCCGACUCAGGCAAGCAUGGUGAUUGAUACGUUUUCGAACUCGAACUCGAAUAACCAGGGCGGAUGGCACGGUGGUGACGAUGCCAUGAAGCUUGUAUGGGGCACCAACAAGCUGACCAUCACAUCCACGGACGCCGACUACGCCUUCUAUAGCAACCUCGGAACAACGUGCAAGGACAUCACCAGCUUCGACGGUGGUUACCUUCACGUCCAAUACAGCGGCAGCACCAAGUUCACCAUCGCCCUCCAGCAGCACAACUCCCAGUGCGACGAGACCAUUGCGCCCUUUCCUGAGACCUGGGACUCGCUCGAGGCUGCACGCUAUGCCAGCAACGGCCACAUCUACAUCCCGAUGUCGCACUUCAACAUUGAGCGCAAGCGCGCUCUCGCCGUGGCCUUCAAGGGGUUCUACUCGAGCGACCCUGUCACUCUGUCCAAGAUUGAGAUCGUCAACAAGGUCCCCGACAACUUCAAGAUCCCCAACAAGCUGGCGACCGGCAACCUCGUCUUUGCCUGCAAGCGACCCAACUCGUUCGCCUUUGCCAUCGAUGACGGCGCCCCUAACCUGGCGCCGCAGGUCAUGGACAUCAUCCGCGACGAGGGCAUCAAGGUGACCUUUUUCACCGUGGGCGCGCCGCUCGAGGACCCCGGCACCAACCUGAGCACCAUCUACCGCGACAUGGUGUCUCAGGGCCACCAGCUGGCGCUUCACUCGUACACGCACCCCAAGAUGGAAGGCCUGCCCAGCAACGACGCCAUCGACUGGGAGUACGCCGAGGACAUUCAGGCGGUCAAGGACCAGUUCAACGGCUACACCACAAAGUACUUUCGUCCGCCCUUUGGAAACGAGGGCGCCCGCAUGAGGCAACGGCUCGUGGCCAACACGGGGUCCGACAGCGCCUACAUUGUAAACUGGAGCGUCGACGUCGAGGACUGGCUCUGGGCCGAGUCCUCGACGCCCGAGAAGCAGCUCGACGCCUUCAAGCGCGACGUCGCCAAGGGUGGCAACCUGGUCGUUCUGCACUACCUCUACCCCAGCACCGUCGGCUACCUGAGGCAGUUCAUCCAGCUGGCAAAGGCCACCGGCAAGAACCUCAUGCGCGUCGACCAGUGCAUGGAGGACCCCAACGCCCCUGCCUUCUAG